AUGAGUUUAAUGAUUGUAGUAAUGUUACUCCGAUCGGAAGUUAAUGCCUUCUCCUAUAGAAAUGCUCCACAAGGAAUACAUAUUGCUCUAACAGGAGUAGAAAGCGAAAUGUCGGUUAUGUUCUUUACCCAACUCAAAUCAAAGAAUUAUCAAAUUAUUUAUUCAACUUCUAGUAAUUUGGAUAUAUUGGAUGUUAAAGUUAAACAAGAGGUUGAACAUUACAAGUAUAUUGUCUAUCAAGUACCUGGAAUGUAUGAAGAACUUACAGUUCAUGAAUUUAUUCUUAAAGGCCUUCCACCAGCAACAAAGAUUUAUUACAGGAUUGCAAUGAAAAAUGAUGAAACAACAACAAGUGAAACAUUCUCUUUCAUUACUCAAAAAUCAAGAAGUGAAUUAUUGAAGAGUGAUGAACCUUUCCAAUUUUUGGUUUAUGGUGAUAUGGAUAUUUUCAAUGAUGGACAAAAUACUAUUGAUUCAAUUAUGAGAAAUCACAUGAAGGAUACUCAAUUCAUUCUCCAUAUUGGUGAUAUUCCUUAUGUUUGGAAUCAUGAACAUGAAUACAAGUGGGAAAAGUGGUUUGAUAUGAUUGAACCAAUUACUUCUGCAAUGCCAUACAUUGUUUGUAACGGUAAUCAUGAAAACGCUUCUAACUUUACCUCUUACAAGACCAGAUUCACUAAUAGUACUGUUUCAGUAACAACCAAGUCAAAUACUCAAUCAAACUUGUAUUAUUCAUUUGAUUAUGGUUCAAUUCACUUUAUUACUAUUAGUAGUGAACAUGAUUAUGCUUUGCAAACAAGAUGGAUGGAGGAAGAUCUUGCAAAGGUCAAUAGAGAAGAAACUCCAUUCAUUAUUUUCUACUCACACAGACCAAUGUAUAGCAGUAAUGAAAACCAUGGAAGUUAUGACCCAAUCAGAAUUGCAGUUGAACCUCUUUUGAGAAAGUAUAAGGUUGACUUGGCAUUAUUUGGUCACGUUCAUGCUUAUGAGAGAACUUGUCCAAUCUCGGAACAAGGUGUUUGUGACAAGAAGAAGCACAGAAAUUACUUUAAGAAUGCUGAUGGUACCAUUCACAUCCAUGUUGGCACAGCAGGUUUUGAACUUAAUCAAAAAUGGGAUCCAAAACCUGAAUGGAGUACAUACAGAGAAACUAAUCAUGGUUAUCUCAGAAUUAAAGUUUUUGGCAAACGUGCUCUUUCUGUCGAAUUUUUGAGAAAUGGUGUUACAACAGCUGACAGUUUUUUGAUUGAGAAAUAA